AUGACUUUCUUAAGAGCCGCUGUCGUACAGCUCAGUUUAAUGAAUUUCUUGCCCUUAAAUCAAUUCAAUGUUUACAAUUAUUUAUGGCGGCAUUAUGGGGCUUCUACAUCUAAAUUUUACGGGCAGUGUGUGAAAACGCACAUAAGAUUGAACAAGCUGAAAUAUGAUUUACAAUUUUUACGCACAUGCAAGCGAGAAAAUCUCAUGCCCAACUUCACGAAUAUAAGAUUAGCCAAUCCGUAUCUAUACAACUCAAAACUGAUUUAUCAAUGUCGAUUAAAUAUUCUUCAAGCCGAAUUUAAAUUUAAGAAGAGAAUCUACACACAGACAUAUAAACAUGCAAAACGACUCAGAAAUGAAUUAAAAGAAUAUGUUCUACAUAUUAUUUACGUGCGGCUUGAAACAAUAAUGGAACAGAUUGUGCUGAAGAAGAUGAUAGAGGUUGAAGACAGACAGGAAGGAAAACUACAAUUAUUGAGGUAUGGUCAUUGUUUUCAAUAUGCAUUAUCAUCCAGAACAAAUUACAAUAGAAAUAAUGAUAACAAUAACCAACCGAUGACAACAGAAGUGAAUAAAAACGGACUGUUAACAGCGUCAUUUGAUGAGCAAGAUUUCAAAACCCAUCUUAAAUUGCUGACAACAGCAAAGUUCCAAAUAAAAUCAGUGACUAAUCUGUCAAAGAAACAAUUAUCUUAUACCGAAACAAUUGCACUUAGUAAUGGUUUACACCACGUCUAUCCACCCGAAGUGAUGAAUGAAACAAAUUUUAUAUGCAAUAUCGAGAAUUAUAUUGAGUAA